ACAGAGUUAAAAUUUUAAUGAUGGAAUUAAUGUAAUUAUACUUUUUUAUAGUUGAGCAUUUUUCAAUAAUGUUAAUAAAAUCUUGAUGUAAUUAUAACUUCCUCGUCAAUAAACUCGUACAUUUGAACAAUACGAAAAUGUGAAGCGAUGAGGAUGCCCUAGUCAUCUUGUGGAUGUUCGAGCUUGGAUGUUUGUUAUAUUGAAUACUGUUGUAGAAACACCAUUGAUUUCAUAAUGAAUGGAGAAAUAAAAAAACAGCAGUUACGGAAGAUGUCUUGUGAACUGAGUCUUUUGUCAAGACCAGAUGGUUCAGCCAGUCUUAGUUGUGGUGAUACUUCAAUGAUGGCCUCAGUAUAUGGCCCAGCUGAAGUGAAAAUUGUUAAAGAACAAAUCAACCAAGCUACAGUAGAAAUUGUAUAUAAACCUAAAUCAGGUAUGGCUAAUUGUGCAGAAAAAUUAAAGGAGAAUUUAAUAUGCAGCACCUGUGAGACAGCAAUCUUGGCCUGUUUACAUCCACGUUCUUCUAUUAGUAUAACUAUUCAAGAACUUCAGAAUUCAGGGUCCCUAUUAGCUUGUGCAAUAAAUGUUGUUUGUCUCUCAUUAUUAGAUGCGAGUAUUAAUAUGAACUUCAUGAUGGCAGCUGUAUCUUGUGUCUUCACAGAGAAUGACCAACUUAUUUUGGACCCAACAAUAAAAGAAGAAAGCUCUGCACCAAUAUCAAUGAUGUUUGUAUUUGACAGUGUCUCUAAAAGCAUUCUUGCUAUACAUACAUCUGGAUUAUUUGAUAAAACAAAAUUCAACUCAGCUUUGGUAGCCUGCAGAGCAGCUUCAGAUGAGAUCUUUACUUUUUACAGGGAAAUUAUGCAAAAAAAUUUUUCUAAAUCAUAGCAAUUAUUUUCUAUUCUAGCUUCAAUUCAUUUCUAAAAAUAAAUUUUUUUAUUUUAUUA